AUGACGGAACUUUCAUACAUGAUCUCUGAUAUUCAGACGCGAAUUUUCGAGAUUCAAGAGCUCAGGCACAAGUCACAAUCCAACGGGGAUGCAGCAAGUACAACCAGCAUCAUUGAUCAGUCCUUAAUGAGUUUGGACGAGAAGCUGGAAAGCGUGUCGAAAGGCAUCAAAUCUAUCAAUGACUCCCUUGAUCCACAUCUCCAAGCCACUCCUACGAUACCUCACAACGGCAGCGAAGCCGAAGCUAACGAAACUGCGGCUAUUAUUCGCAAACACAACACGUUGGUUUCCGAAUGGGAAGCUGUGCAAGACGAGAGUGAAGUUUUGAGAGAAGAGUUGAAGGAAGAUAAGUGGUUGACCGUGUUUCGGACUGUGACGGACCAAGCAGAUGGGAUGAUGUCGAGUCUGGAAAAGGGCGUUAAUCGGUGCCAGGAAUUUAUAUGGCAAGUUCACAGGAGAGGUAUUGAGGAUACGAUGGGUCACUCGCAGAUUUCGCUUACACGGCCCGAAAAGACUGCACCAACACUUGAAACAUUCACUGCGCUGCUGGAUUCUUUCGAAGCAAAGAAGAAGCACUACAUGCCAGCCACAUCAAAGGUUCUUGCAAUCAUUGACAAGGGAGUCCGCGACAGAGUGACAAAGAAUGGUGAAACUUUACGUCGACAUGCGGAAUCCGCUCAAAGAUGGAAGAAUCUACGAGAACGAAUAGCUCGGACUGACGCAGAUAUGGAUUCUGUGCGUCAAAUCUUGACGCACGGCGACGCAGGCAGCGAGCACGGUUCGUCUGGCACCGCAUCCACGCAAAAUGGAUAUCUUGCAACUCCACAGAGUGGACGUGCUCCCAGUUCUUCUAGUACAAUAUCUAGAUCGAUAUCACCUUUCAAAAAGUUUGCCAGGAGGUUGACAGGUAGUGCAAGGUCUCCAGUGUCGCCCGUGACGCCACUUUCAAUAAAUAAGAAUAAUGGUGCUCGAGCCCCCUCUUCUGAACCUGUUCCUCUUCGUCGACAAAAGACAUCUCUUUUUACAUCCCUUCGUGGUCCAACCACCCCAAUCACUCCUGAUCGACCUUCCCACAAAUACAGCCAGAGCCUCACCCCAGAUUCGUCUCCUCGGAAUGCACGAGUAGACUCCAAGAAUAAUGGCGGCAAAACUCUGAAUAAGUCCCCUUGGAACAGCUCGACAAAGGUUGAGCCUGAAGCGACAAUCAAAGGCACUCCUCCCAAGAGAGCCCCCUCGGCUGCUGGUCUGUAUAGCGAUGUAUCUUACUCAUCGUCGUCCGUGAAUUUCGGUGAUGGAACAUACAGAAGGAGUCUUUCAAGGGUAUCGAUGGCAUCUUCUCGUCCGUGGUCUCCAGUAACUUCGUCUGUGUCAACGAACCAAUCCUCAAAUGCGUUCUAUCGUCCACACCCUCCUCCCCCUCCCAUCCCUCUGUCAUUUAGGCCUCCGUCAAGAGCGCAGACACCUUCUCGUGCUCGUACUCCAGGUCUCACAAGUACUACACCCCGUCCAAGACCAAAAACCCCAAGUCAUAUUCCUGGACCUUCAGAUAAAUUGAGAUAUAUAGCUGGUAAAUCUGAUGCUGGAUGGGAUGAGGACGAAUCCGUCUCGGGACGGGCAUUCUCUCCUACCCAAAGUGUAACAUCAACUCCCGGAGACGGAGGCGCACACCCACCCCGGCCUCCAAGUCGAUCUAUGAUCCCCGUUCCCGCAUUGCAUCUUUCGUCUCCUUCAAGACCUGGAUCAUCCAUGUCAAUUCGAGCUAGAUCGGAGAGUCCGUCAUUCACAUUUAAAGCUCAUGCUAUGCGUUCGCAGACACCGGAGUCCACUUUAAAGGCAAGGAGUCAGCAGGUGCCUGUCUAUCAAGGUACUUUUGGCCGUUCGUCUGCACGACCUUCUCUGCCGCCUUCGAGUUUCCGAGAUGGCUCGAGCAGUCGUGCGCCUUCGCGAUCUACCUCGCGAGCGGGUGCUUCAACCCCAUCGGGGACUUCAGGUUUCCCGACCUGUGAAUACAUUCCAGGGAACAACAAAGACCCACUUGACGUCGAAGUCGCGUUCAUUGUCAACUCUAUUGCACAUGGCUUGUUGAUAGAGAGGGUUGAUCCCCCUAUCAAGAGAGUACCAGGAGAGAAUGAGGAGGUCAAGGCGCAAUACGCGUUUUCGAAUGCUCUGAGCCGGAAAGUAGUCACUUGCAAACUAACGACGUUGACGAGGUCGGGGAAGAGCGGGACGAUGACGACGAAGAAAGUUAUGUGUCGUGUUGGUGGAUGGCAGGAUUUAACCCACUAUAUCCUGAGUCGUCAAGCUGGCAUGUGA